CCCUCCCCUCCAAGAAAGAAAGGGCCGGGGCUCCAGCGUGGACAACAAAUAUCUCCAAAAACAAGGGGAAACGAAAAGCAUACUCCCUCGUCCGUCCGCCACCGACCCGGAGGCAGCGCAUCUCAGUUUCGUCUCCCGCCGCCGCCGCCGCUUCGAUUAGCUCUCUGGCCGUGGGGAUCGCGGCUCCGGUCUUCUCAUCGUCUCCCGCCUGGGGUUGGGGUCGGCCGGGCUUGGUUCGUGCUCCCCCCCGUGCGCGCGCGCUCGUGGUGAGGGCGGGUUCUCUCCUCGUGGGGUUUUGGCGGUGGGUGGUAUGAUUUCUGGCGGCUUGGCACGGUCAACCUGAUGCUGCGGCUACAGUCGAUCGGCGAGAGGCUGUUGGCGAUCGGAACUAAUAGGCGGGCAACCCAUUUCCCCCAGUCGAAGCACGGCAGUGGGUACUACGCAAUAGUGAGAGACAAUGGCUUGUCGCGAAAGACCCCAUCCGUCUUCUCUAGAAUGUUUUCACAUUACAAGGUCAUCGUCAGAAAUAAAGUUGAGGAUCACAACUACAGAAAGAGGAUUUCCAGAGGCUAUGGUUCCCUCUCUGUGGCACUGUCAAAUUCAUCUGCAAGACAACAAGCCCAAUUGGCUUUGAAGCGGUUCAGUCAUAAGUACUCUUAUACUGGCCCCAGAUUCCCACUGCUGAGCAGAGCAGCCUGUGCUAUAAGCUUGUCCUUAACAAGAUCCCAUGUCAUCCCUGGGGUCAUGGCUUUAGCUUUUGGGAAGAUGGCACUGUCACAGCCUGUCCUGGCAGACUCAUCGUCACACAGGCCCAAAAUGGAAAGCAUUGUCAUGAAGACGCGAGAUACUGGCCAGUUAUUGUCAUCCAUGGUUUGGUCAGUCUGGGAGGGUAUUACUUUGUUUAUUAGAGCAGUUCAUUUGGCAUUCCUGUUCUUCCCUGCAACUGCAUUAGCUCCAUUUGCUGAUAGUUUCAGUAUAGAAUUUAGAAGAAGGUGGCUUUCUCUUGUGCGUCAUACCCUUGAAAAGGCUGGGCCAGCAUUCAUUAAGUGGGGUCAAUGGGCUGCAACACGGCCUGAUCUUUUUCCAAGUGAUCUCUGUGUUGAGCUUGCGAAGCUUCACAGUGGAGCUCCAAUGCAUGGUUUUGCUUACAGCAAAGCUGCCAUUGAGAAGGCAUUUGGUCGCAAGCUUGCUGAAAUAUUUGAGACUUUUGAGGAGAAUCCUGUAGCUUCUGGAAGCAUUGCACAAGUACAUCGGGCUACAUUAAGAAAUCAACAUCCUGGCAAGUAUGUUGCAGUUAAGGUGAGGCAUCCAGGUGUGGGAGAAUCAAUCAAGAAGGACUUUUUACUCAUCAAUUUUAUGGCAAAAGUUUCGAAUGUCGUUCCUGGAUUGAGCUGGCUAAGGCUAGAUGAAAGUGUCCGCCAGUUUGCAGUUUUUAUGAUGUCUCAAGUUGACCUUUCUAGGGAAGCUGGUCAUUUGCAUCGUUUCAUACACAACUUCCGUAAAUGGAGACAUGUUUCUUUCCCAGAGCCAUUAUAUCCACUUGUGCAUCCUGCAGUCCUUGUUGAGUCAUUUGAAAAUGGAGAAAGUGUUGCCCGUUUUGUGGAUGAAAUUGAAGGAAAUGCUCGGAUAAAGAAAGAUCUUGCCCACAUUGGGACAUACGCGUUCUUGAAGAUGCUCCUGGAGGACAAUUUUAUUCAUGCGGAUAUGCACCCAGGCAACAUCCUUGUCCGUCUGAAUGAGAGCAAGAAUAAGAGGAAAAGGUUUUUCAGAUCUAAGCCACAUAUUGUUUUUCUUGACGUUGGCAUGACUGCUGAGCUCUCCACAGAUGACCGUGAUAACUUAAAACAAUUCUUCAAGGCAGUUGCUAUCAGAGAUGGUCACACUGCUGCUAAGUGUACGCUACAGUUAUCAAAGCACCAGAACUGUCCAGAUCCAGUGGCCUUUACUGAGGAACUGGAUAAGAAAUUUGCUUUCUGGGGAACACCGGAAGGAGACAUUUUUCAUCCUGUUGAAUGCAUGCAUCAAUUGCUCGACACAGUUCGUCGCCACAAAGUCAACAUUGAUGGCAACAUCUGUACUGUAAUGGUUACCAUUUUGGUUCUUGAGGGCUGGCAACGCAAACUAGACCCAGGCUUUGAUAUCAUGGAGACGUUAAAGACUCUACUGAUAGAGAAGGAAGUAAAACAACCACCUGAUUAUUUUGGGUAAACACAUGGGCGUAUCACUGUAUGAGGAUCAGAUCAUCUCAAACAUCAAUAGCGAAGGAUGAUGACACCAUGGAACAGAAGUUAGAAUAUCGAACUGUGAAGUUAAACUAAUAUCUCUUAUGCUGCCACGCACUUGUUCUGCCUCUAUUUUGUUUGGAACUAGCUCUAGAUGCAACUUACUGCACUGGGUUCAGGUUUGACAACCUUUAGUGCGAAAAUUUUGCCCAGAACUUUUGAUGAUUCAUUCAUCGGGUUCCUGUAAUCUAUCGCAGGUUCUUGUGCAGAAACUAUGAGAAACAGUCUUUCUAGAUGUAGUAAAAUGUUUUUUUUUUCUGCGAGAAAGCUGUAGUUAUAUGUUAAUUAUUAAAAUCUAGCAUAGUUGUUCUGCGGGGUAAACGAUAGGUUUUCUUCCAGGUUUAUCUUUUCUACGCAGCUGUGGCAUCAGAUGUAAAGUGCUCAAGCUUUUUGGGGUUCUGUGAAAA